AUCAUUCGGGUGCAAAGAGGAAUUUCUGUAGAAAACAGCUGGCAGAUUGUGAGGAGAUACAGUGACUUUGAUUUGCUGAACAACAGCUUGCAGAUUGCAGGCCUAAGUCUACCUCUUCCUCCCAAAAAAUUGAUUGGUAACAUGGAUCGUGAAUUCAUAGCUGAGAGGCAGAAAGGUCUUCAGAACUAUCUCAACGUUAUCACCACAAAUCAUGUCUUGUCUAAUUGUGAGCUGGUUAAGAAGUUUUUAGAUCCAAACAACUAUUCCGCAAACUACACUGAGAUUGCCUUACAGCAAGUUUCCAUGUUCUUCCGAUCAGAACCAAAGUGGGAGGUGGUAGAACCGUUGAAAGACAUAGGUUGGAGAAUAAGGAAGAAAUAUUUCUUGAUGAAGAUUAAAAAUCAGCCAAAGGAACGGCUAGUGUUAAGCUGGGCUGACCUUGGUCCCGACAAGUAUCUGUCAGAUAAAGAUUUUCAGUGUCUAAUCAAACUUCUGCCUUCCUGUUUGCACCCUUACAUCUAUCGGGUCACCUUUGCCACAGCUAAUGAAUCCUCAGCAUUGCUUAUUAGGAUGUUUAAUGAAAAAGGAACUUUGAAGGACCUGAUCUACAAGGCAAAACCAAAAGACCCAUUCCUAAAGAAGUACUGCAACCCUAAGAAGAUCCAGGGCCUUGAACUCCAGCAAAUAAAAACAUAUGGGCGGCAAAUAUUAGAGGUACUAAAGUUUCUACAUGACAAGGGAUUCCCUUAUGGGCAUCUGCAUGCCUCCAAUGUGAUGCUAGAUGGUGACACUUGCCGGCUGCUAGACCUUGAGAAUUCUUUAUUGGGCCUUCCUUCCUUCUACCGAUCCUAUUUCUCACAGUUCAGGAAAAUCAAUACAUUGGAAAGUGUGGACGUCCACUGCUUUGGCCACUUACUGUAUGAAAUGACUUAUGGACGACCGCCAGACUCAGUGCCUGUAGACUCCUUCCCUCCUGCACCGUCUAUGGCUGUGGUGGCCGUGUUGGAGUCUACGCUGUCUUGUGAAGCCUGUAAAAAUGGCAUGCCUACCGUCUCCCGGCUCUUACAGAUGCCGUUAUUCAGUGAUGUUUUACUAACCACUUCUGAAAAGCCACAGUUUAAGAUUCCCACAAAGUUAAAAGAGGCAUUGAGAAUUGCCAAAGAAUGUAUAGAAAAAAGACUAAUUGAAGAACAGAAGCAGAUUCACCAGCAUCGAAGACUGACAAGAGCCCAGUCUCACCAUGGAUCUGAAGAAGAGAGGAAAAAGAGAAAGAUUUUAGCUCGAAAGAAGUCAAAACGGUCUGCUGUUGAAAACAGUGAAGAGUAUUCAGCAAAAUAUAGCAACUCCAAUAAUUCAGGAUCUGGGGCCAGCUCACCUCUCACAUCCCCGUCAUCACCGACUCCACCCUCUACAGCAGCUGCCUUAGGUUUGGGCAAAAGAUGUAAGGAAGGUAAGGAUGUCCGCAUUACCUCCACCGCCUCCGCCUCCGCCACCAGCAGCUCCCUUGCUUCCUGCGAGCACAGAGGCGCCUACACAGCUUCCGCCCCAGGCUGUGAAUGGUGUGAGCCGAGGGGCCUUACUCAACUCCAUCCAGAAUUUCCAAAAGGGAACUUUGAGGAAAGCCGAAACCUGUGAUCACAGUGCUCCUAAGAUCGGCUGAAGAUUCGUGUUUACACUUGGAGGGAAAAGUUCUUUGUUUUUUCCUCCCACCUCCAGCCCCUACAGCACUCUUUUUCCGGAUGAACAAUUGCUGAGCCAGUAAAGCCACAUACUGUUUUGCAGAUGCUCAUCUAAGAGGCUUCUCAAGAGGGAAAUAUCCAAGUAGAAUAAAGUCAGGCUGGCGUUUCUGCCUUAAGAAAUAAUUCGCUCCUUUAUUACCAUUUUAAAGGAGUCUUGUUCAUCCUCUAAUGGGCAUCUUUUGGGGGCAGCAGCAUAUUGGAGUCAACAUUUGCACCAACUUAAGGAAAUGGACAGAAAAACAAUGACAAUAUUCACUCCCAGCAGUGAAUGACCUUUGUGUUGCGAUCCCUCCCAUCCCAUCAGACACUCCCAAAAAUGUUCCCCUCAUAGUUCAUUUCUCUAUAUAAAGCAUUUUCUGGUUAUCUCUUAGAUUAAUUCCCAUUCUUGCUACUUUAUUUCCUCUUAGACAUUAACACUGUAGUCCACAGCAUAGUUACGUCAUGGAGUCAGAGAAGCAACUGAGUUCAUUUUCCACUCAAAUAGACGGGGCCAAGUCAAGUCCAUAACAUUCUCUAGGUUUUAACAGGAAUACUGCUGUGGUUACAGAACUCAGGGCUGCUAAGGCAACCACUCUAGACUCACGGUUCCUUUGAGUUUGAGUGUAUUGAGACAGAUGUUAACAUCAGGAAAAGCUCUUGCCAAUUAGAGGACCUUCUUAAUCCUCAGCAAUAAAGUUAAGUUUGUGGUUUGGGGGGGGGGGUUACUAUUACAACAAAAGUAAAUUUGGCAUCCAUAGAAAUCAGUUCUGAUUUUUGAAAGAUUUGUCCAAAUAUAUCAUUUUUUUAACGUUACUCAUUUAUUAGAUCCUUUAUCCUACAAUUUGCUUAAACCCUUAAAUAAAUUGCACUU